AUGAAAAAAUUCGCUGCUGGACUCUCUCAGCAACUGAACAGCAGUGGCAAGAAGAAGAAGGCUCCCACAUCGGGAUUGAACAUUGAAUCAUUCAAAAGAAAAAGUGUGGGUGAGAGUGAUAUCACUGGAUCAUCCAAUCGGUACAGUGCUAAUAAUACAAUGAAUGAAAUUGAAGAGCCUUUUUCUCCGUCCAUGAUUGAAUUUGAAGAAGAAAAAAGACAUCGUUAUGGAAACAAGGGUCGAGAAGGGUCUUCAUCAUUGUCGAAUAAUGAUCAUCGUGAUGAUGAUAUAUUCAUUCAAGAUGGUACUAAUGCUAAUGCUGGCAGCAGUAGUAAUAGAAUUGAUCAUUCUUUUUUACCAAUCCGAUCAUCAUCGCCUCCAAUGCCUUUGUUCAAUGAUCGGAAAAGCUUUCAUUCAGAAAAUAUCGAAUAUAAUAACAUCCAUGGUGACGAUUAUUCACAAGAAGUAUCAUCUCCACAACCAAGAAAGAGUGAAAGCAGUAUCAUGGAUCCUGAAAAUUCAAAAAGUCCGGGAGAGUCGCUUGGAAGCGCUUUUAAAAAGUUGAAAACAAAAAAGAAAAAUUUGUCCUUUUCCAAGUUUUCAGAAAAUGUAAAAAACUUUAAAAUUAUGAACAAGAGCGCUCUUGAAGACUACACGAGUGACAUUGAAAGAGGUCAUACUCAAUUAUUGGAUGCAUGUGAUGAAUUUUUUGAGAAGAGAGAAAGUGCAGAGAUUGCCUUGUGUAAAAGUUCUGACAUUUUGAAUACAUUCGGCAAUGAAGUGACAGAAAGUACCAUAAUUUACAUUUUAGAAAAGAUUGAAGCCUGUCACUGGGAGUACGGAUACCACUUGCUCUCUGUGGUCAUGGGAUAUGCUGGCAAUUCAAUUGGUAUAACAGGAAGUUUUUCAAUUUCUAAAAAGAAUUGUAGUACUGUUCUGGAUUGUAAUGGCUUGAAUACCAUCAUUUAUGCGUUUAAACAUCACGCAUUUGCAUUAGCCAAUGUAGAGUUUUCUCCCUCUAUUCCGAUGGAGCAAUUCGAAAAGGUGUGCAAGGAAAAAGAAAAGUGGUUCAAUCUCUAUGCGAAUAUUUUAUAUGUAUUUUUAACAGUGCUUUCUUGGAAUCCAAGCAAGGAGGUUCUUGAAGAGCUCAAGUAUGACUUGUUUGACAGAAAUGUCAAUGAGUCACGAACUCAAUACGGAAAGAAGGAAAAUUCUGAACACUUCCUUAUUGUCCUGCUAACACUACUUCGAACGAGUGUUUUGAAUGAUGCCACUGAUCGUGGAAAUAUCCAUAGCUUGAAGAAGUUGGUUAUGCUCAUGCACAAGACAUUACACAUUCUAUUCAUUUGCGAUGCAGAUAAUUCUCACAAGAAGAAAUACACCAAGAUUACCAAAGUGUUACAGAAAGAACGUUCCAAGUCUAUGAGACUGAAAGUGGCACCAGAGACCAAGGAAGCCUACAUUAAGGUGAAUCAAGGAAACGCCUCAAAAAUUGUUGAAGAAGCCAUCGGUGUGUACCAAAAGGCUCCAGAAAAGAAAGACACUUCCGAGAAGGUAGCAGAUAAUACUUUACCGAGAGCACUUAUUGAAAACCCAAGCAUGAAAGAAGUAUUAUAUAGAUUAAUGCUUGAGGAACUGCCUGAUUUUGUUGUGCUGAUGUCGAGUAUUCUUGAUAAAAUUACCAAAGGAGAAUGCGGUGCCAACUUUUCCACAGUCGAGAAGAGACGCUAUUGUAACAUCUUGCUCAAGUCAUUGCUAUCUGUUGUGCUUUUACUGAUCAAAAAUUGGAGAAAGAGCUGCCAAAUGCAGGCCAAAUAUCUUAUCCAUUUACUUGGAGAGGCUGAAAUUUAUGUACUUUUAUUUCGAUUAAUUGAAUUGGAUAUUAAGGCAUUUAUUUAUCAUGAUGACACGAAUGUUGAGGCUUUCUUUAUGAGAGGAGAAUCCACUGCAAAGAAUACGACCUCAUCGUUUUCCACAAAGACCAACUGGAGAAAUGUCUAUGUAGUCACCAUCGCUUUGCGAAUUAUACACCAAAUGACAAAAGAUGAUCCAUUUUUAAUUUCCAAACUCAUUCGAAAGCACAAACUACAUAGAACCCUCAAAAAAGUAAUUCAAGCAGAGGUCAUUGAAGCGCUUUGCAAAUAUUCUUGUAAGAUUUUGAAAAAUUGCUUGCCACAACUUCCGCUUAAAUGGAAGACUACUAACAUGCUUGUCGUCAAUAAUAUUUACUUCCAUGUCCGCCCUACAUUGACAGAUACAAGUUGGAUUCAAUCUCUCAAUACCACAAUUCAAAUUUCUCAAACAGAAUAUGUAAAUGAAAUGAAGAGAGUGGUUCAUGACAUUGAACAUUUCCACAAUGUGAAUUAUUUUGGUUGGUGGAAACAUGUUGGCUACAGAGCAAUUGACAAGCUUGCCAAAACAAAACGUCAAACAACUUCACAACAACAAGAUUAUGAUCAAUUAGUAUUCUCAAAAGAAAAUGGAUUGUUGGGUGAGGAUUAUAUUUCAUACUUGUACAAUUCUAUUGAGCUUACUGAAGAGGAAAAAAGAAGAGCGUUAUUCCUGCAAAUUUAG